UCUUCAUGUUGCAAUUGAAAGCAAUCAAAAUGAAGUAAUUGAAUUAAAUAUUUCAAGAUGAAUCGUUAACAAGCCUUAUCAAUCAAAAAGAUAACAACGGAAACACUCCUGCUCAUUUGUUGGCAGCAUCAAACAUUGAAAUGAUGCAGAAGGUAAUUAACUCUAGGGUUAACCUGCAUUCCCUAAACAAUGAAAAGCGCACUCCAUUGGAUAUGAUAGCUUCCGAUGAAAAGAAAGAGAGAUUGAUUAAGGCCAUAGCUACGGGUACAAACAUGUCUAAUAAAAUAAUCUCACCGUCUCCAAACAUAAACAUGAACGACUUCGAAGAAGAAUCAGAAAGUCGGAAAAGAAAAACCAAAAGAGAAUUUACCUUCGUGGAUAAUCUGGUUUUUGUGGUUACUCUUAUAGCGACAGCAUCCUUUGCAGCCGCUUUUACUGUGCCAGGUGGUUUUGAUGGUGACAAUGGCUCCAAAAAAGGCACACCCUAUCUACUUAGAAAAGUUGCAUUCCAAGUUUUCGUUAUCACUAAUGCUAUAGCAUUCUCUUGUUCUUGCUCUGUUUUGUUGGCACACAUUGUGUUACUAGUCUAUCGUGACAUUAUUGAUGAAGCAGACGAGGCACAACAAAAGUACAUUGAAAAGAGAAUUGUGAUUAUGUAUUUUCUUACAGGAGUUGCGCUACUUGCUAUGUUAAUAGCAUUUGUUACAGGCUUUUAUGUCGUGCUACUACCAUCACUUUGGUUGGCAAUUUUCGUAUGUGUUUUGAGCAUUUUUAUUGUUGUAGUUUCCUUAAUUGUUUGAGUUGUAAUUUAUAACUUUCUUAUUUAAAUAAAUGAUGUGUGCGGUUU